AUGACUGAUGAUGAUCUUGGUGGUGGUGUUGGUGGUGGUGGUAGUGGUGUUGGUGAUGGUGAUGGUGGUGGUGGUGGUGGUGGUGGUGGUGGUGGUGGUGGUGGUGGUGGUGGUGGUAGUGAUGACGAUGAAAAAGAAGAUGAUUGUUAUGUUGGUUGUUUUGACGUUGGUUUGUGGGAUGUGGUGUUGGUGGUGUUGGUAAUUGUAGUUAUAGCAAUUAUAAUGGUGGUACUUUUGGUGUGCCGACGUGCUUUGAGACCUCUGCAGCGAUCGCGUCAUUAACGGACGCUUGUCUGCUGGAGAGCUGCCGCACGUUCCUGAUGAAUUCGUUGAAAUGUAUUAAUAGUCAAGGGCAAAGUUGGUCUCUACUUGCAGCAGACGGACGCCAUCCGCGUCGAAUAUGUUGGUCGAACGGUUGAGGAUGUCUCAGAAUAGCGCAAUGCAUCCCUGAAUUAUUUGUGCCUUCUCGGUGUAGAGGGUACUGAUGUCGAGGCUGAGGCGAGGUGCAGUACCUCUGGCUGGUGGACCAUAAACAGCAUUGAUCAUGGACAAGAAGUUCUUCCCUUCGUUGCCGUCCGCGCAUCCUUGGACCUCCUAAGCCUUGUGAGCUGUUCACUCAUCCAGCAUUUCGCACGGCCGCUGGUAUAGAAGGCAGAGACUGCGGUUGAAAGCAGCUCUAUUGUCAUCGGUGGGGCGGUCGACGUAGGCUUUUAUGUUGGUACUUAUUCGCGGCAAGCAGGUUGCUGAUGGCGGCGUUGUUGCAAUCCGACCGGGGACAGCCAGCGCCGUCGACUGGACCGUGUCCCGCAUUCGUUACCAUCGGUUCCCUACGCAGGAGCUCUUGUCAGCGGCGGCUGCGUUGGCAUAGUAGCGGCUAAGCGUGAAUGGUGUACGCUCAGUACGCCUCAACUUCAGGCCAUAUUCCAAGUUGUUGGAAGCAGGAGGCCAUUUGGUUAGGACACUUUAUCCUGUACAGAAUAGUGAAGAGGAAUGAUGGCAAACGGACGAGUAUGUGUCUGACGCCGCGGAGGUGGCGUCCGCGAGAGCGACGAGCUCUGUGUCGCCGAAGGUCGCCACCGCAAAGUGUCGUGGCAGAUUGCUUACUCUAUUAUUCCUGACUGUUCCCGUCUGUCUUACCAAUCAGCGAUAAAAGUUGCGUUGAUUGGCUCCGAGCCCACGCGAAUGUAGUGACAAGACUCGCGUGGUGCAGGCAGAGAAUCGACUGUUUGUGCAGCGCAAGACAUAAACAACAACUAUCUCUCUCACUCUCUUCGUCUUCCUGCCUCAUCCAAAAACAGAAAGUGAUAGAGAAGCAGCGGACUUCAAGGAUAUCAAUAUCAUGCAUCUGUACAAUCGGAAAGGAAACCGUCAACGCUGCGACAACGAUCGAGGCAUCUUUUUGCUGAAAAUCGCAGGGAAAAUCUUUGAUCGCGUCCUUCUGAACAAAACUCUAAAUGAAGACCUCUUGCCGAAAAUCCAGUGCGGACUCCAUGGUCAUCUUAGGAUCACGCAUAUGAUUCGUGGGCCUUGCAAUGUGACUUCGCACACACUGGCAGCCUGGAAUGUUUGCUGCCUUUGAGACAAUCGGAGGAACAACCGACCGGAACGAUUAGAGCGGCGGAGAGAUGGAGGAGAAAGAGGAGAAUGCAGACAGUUAUUUCUUCUUUGGUUCUUCGGGAGGUAAGUUUUGCGUAUUCGGCCACGGCCAGCCUGCAUACCGUAGGUAUGCGGCGUAUUUGACUGGAUAAACUAUGCUACACCUUUCCUCUGGAGACAACGUACCCAACACCAUCACCAUUUGCGCCAUCCCGACCGACAAUGCCACUAUCACCGUUAUCAGUAUCAAACACAUAAUUCAUCAUCAAUCAGCUUAGCCAUCCAAUUUUGGCGUUGACAUGUUGCAGUCUGUAGGCAGUGGCUGGGCUGAGCAAUAUUCAGACAGUCAUUGUUGGCAUCGAAUAUCAGCGGGUAACCGUCACCAUCAGGCCCCUACUUCCUCCAUUUUAUGAUCUGCCUCCAUACUUUCACCGUUUUCACUCCAUCGUUUGCUUCAAAGUUCAUCACAUUGUCCUUUUCCUCCGAGGACUAAUGAUAAAUCUUUUUGAGCCAUUGGGUAUCCCUAAGGGGAAGGCUUUUAUGCUGAAUGAUCCGACCAACACCUUUAUAGAUCAAAUGGCUGACACGGAUUUGCCUUUAACUAUAUAGUGUUCCGAAACGAUUUUUUAAAAAUAACUCAGGUUCCUCGCCCCCGGUACCCUUUCCAGUAGUUUACAUUUCUAUUACCGCGCAGCCGUUAGGCGCCCUAUUCAGCAGUAUGGUUUUCAAAGGCCAAUCGGGAAUUUAAUAAGUCAAACUAUACAGGGUAAUUUUUUGUGUGUGUAAAAUAAUUACAAGUGUCUCCUAUACUAUCUUAAUUAUCGUUCCACGUCUACAGCAGUCUUUCCCAUUAAACACGCCUACAACAUGAGGCAUCGCCAAGCCAUCGCUUAUCUGUCUUUCGUCGCAAUGUAAGAAAACGCAGCACACAGUGUCAACCACGUGAUGAGUGUUGAGAAAGUAAAGGUCUCCUUAGGGACAGAAGCUUCCUCAAGAACCCAACUUAGCCUCGCGCAUGCACGUGCACACGUUCGACCGCCACCCUGCCAUCUUGGCACUUGAACCGCGACUUGCAGAAGAUCGAUAACCCUCAGCCAUUCGAAUUCACCUCAGUCAGUAAUUAUGACGCUGCAAACGGUGCGAGGUCUAUGCCUGAAAAUUCUCCUCAUGCGUGCAUUUAUUCAAAUCAUUUGUGAGAUGGUUUCAACUCUCUGGAUUUUUUUGCGUCCCGAAUGUUGUUUUUUACCUGUUGAUUGGUAAGUGCUCACAUUAAAUCCCUUCAUGCACCUCGUGAUAUCAUUUAAAUUCAUGCUUACUACAAUGUAAUGUUUUACCUUUGCGAUUGCUCCAGGCUUAAUAUAAUUAUCCGAGUAUACGCAGACAGGAUUAUAGACUAACGGACACAUCUCAUCUCUUUACUUGUAGGCAUCGUCCUUUCUACCCCAUCGUUGUUCCUCGUUAUGUUUUCGUUGUUCAAUCUGCAAGAAGUGUUUCUUUGCUGGAGGAAGGUCUGUGAAGGGAAGAUGUCUUCUCUCCUUGAGAAUCCCUUCAGCAAUGUGCGCCUAACGAAUUAUUGUAUAUGUCGGCUGUAUAAUGAUCUACCAUCGGCGGUUGCUGUUAAGUCGGCAGCAUUCCGGAAUGCGGGAUUUGGCGGAGCGGAGCAGCAGCAGAAGGAGUAGGAGGAGAAUUGCGAGGAGGAGGAGGAGGAGGAAGCAGCUGAAUUUCGGGGAGGAAUAGUGAGUGGCUUGGUAGGACAGGAUAAGACGUAUCAGUCAACUCACAAUAAGUCAUUUCCUACAGUGCGUGACCUGUCUGAUGAAAUUUUGUCUAAAAUUCUGAAAUGCGUUUUCGAUUAGGAAGGAUUACUUUUCGCGGUUGUAAAACUGAUUAUCUUAAGGCAUACUCUUAUAUGAUUUUGGACUUGCAGGAUGGCGGCUUUUAAAUGCACUUCUUUUUAGCUCCUGUAGAAAGCGUGCUCGGUAAAAAUGACUACUUAAUUAGCACGCAUUUUUCCCUUUGAUUUUUAAUGGUCUUGGAAAUUCAAAUAUAUGUUAUAGAAACCACAAACAAAAAUAUGCUUUCUUUUAGUCAAUCAAUAGAGCAUCACGCCUUCUUUAUAUUUUACACUUAAGAAGAGAACAUGAUAAGGUUUUAAAAAAUUUUUCAAAUUGCCAAAAAAUUUGGAGGCUGAUCAUUCGUUGCAUUAGUGCUUAGUGCUUACACUCUACAAGGUGCAUGCGUUCCGCGAAAAAAACCCAUUUUUCUCUAUGUCAUUAAAGAGAUAUUACACAGUGUCCAUAAAAUUUUGCAGUGGAUGCGGACCAUGUUGUACAUAUUAUGAGGAGCAGUGGUAAGCGGCCAGUUACGAUGCUAUGUGAAUGGACAUAUCGCGGUCUUAAAAAGUCUCAUAAUUACAAACUUUUUAAAACCUUAUUAUACUCCUUCGUUAAGUAUAAAAUACGUUAUUUCCUAUUGAUUGACUAAAAGAAAGCAUAAUUUGUUUGUGGUUUAUAUAAAUUAUAUUCGAAUUUCCAAGACCAUCGAAAAUUAAUAAAAAAUGCAUGCUAAUUAAGUAGUCAUUUUUACCGAGCACGCUAUCUACAGGAAAUUAUAAAGAAGUGCAUUUUAAAGAAGACAUUCUGCCAAGUGCAAAAGGUUAUAAGGGUAUGCCUUAAGAUAAUCAUUAUUACAACCGCGACCAAGUAAUCCUCCCUAGUCGAAAACGCAUUUCAGAAUUUCAGCCAACAUUUCAUGAGAGAUGUCACUCACUGUACUUGCACUGCCCAUUCCAACCGUUGCACAGCCGUUACCUACUACUUAAAAACGCCUUCUUUACUUUGCAAUAGAUAACACCAUGCAGUACCCUUAGCCGCAGUUAAGAGAGCUCAUGUUUGUUCCAGAGCUCGAGAGAAUCGAGGAGGUUUCGGAGAAGGGUAAGCAGGAGGAGAAGGAGGAGGAUGAGAAGGAUUUAGAGAAGGAGGAGGACGCCUGCACUAAUGACAAUAACGGCGUAAAACCGGAAGUGAAGGAGGGGGGCCAACAGCAGCAGCAGCAAAUGAUGUGAAUAAAUGCACCUAUGACCAGAAUUUCCAGGCAUAGACCGCGCACCGUUUGCAGCGUCAUAAUGACUGUCUGAGGGGAAUUCGAAUGGCUGAGGGUUAUCGAUCUUGUGCAAGUCGGCUUUCAAGUGUCAAGAUGGCAGCGUGGCGGUCAAACGUGUGCACAUGCAUGCACGAGGCGAAGUUGAGUUGUUUAGGAAACUUCUGACCCAAAGUUAGUGGUGGUUUUUGUCGUGGUGGUGGUGGUGGUGGUGGUGGUGGUUUUUGUCGUGGCGGUGAUGGUGAUGGUGGUGGUGGUGUUGGUGGUGGGUUUGGUGAUGGUGGUUGUGGUGAUGGUGUUGGUGGUGGUGGUGAUUGUGGUGGUGGUGGUGCUGGUGUUUGUGGUGGUGGUGGUGUUUGUGUUGGGGGUGGCUGUCGUGGUGUUUGUGGUGUUGUUUGGGGUCGUGGUGUUGGUGGUAGUGUUGCUGAUGGUGGUUUUGGAAAUUGUGUUGGUGGUCCUUUGGGGGUUGUUGUUACUGUAUAUGCUAAGGCAAAGCUCAGGUGCAAGUUAUUAUAUUAUUUUUAAGUUUGUUCCAGAGCUCGAGGGAAUCGAGGAGGUUUUGGAGGAGGAUGAGCAGGAGAAGGAUGAUUGCGGGAAGGAUGAGGCGGAGAAGGAUGAGGAUGAGGACGCCAGCAUAAAUGAAAAUCACGGCGUAGAACUGGAAGUGAUGGAGGGGGCCAGCAGAAGCAGCAGUAUAUUGUGCACGCUGGUGGAGACGCGGACUCUUGUGUUGUCGUCUCAGAAGUGA